ACGUCUUGCUUCUUUUAUCAGUACUUCUUAUCAGCCUACCUGUUUUGAAAAUAGAACAUGCAACUAAAGAAGAUUUACUCCUUAGCCGAAAGCCUGGAGGAGCUAUUGGAUACAUGCGGUAUCAGAGGAUUGAUUAUUCUAAGCCUCUCGCUGCAGGCUUUCCUAAUUCUGUUUUCACCGUUAAGGAGGAGAACAGGUGGGAAAUGGGUAUGGUUCGUCACGAUUCCAACCUGGAUGGCAUACUUGCUUGCAGAUUGGGUUGCUAUAUUUACUAUUGGAGUCAUCUUGCGUGCUGAAAGUAGUGACAUACUACCCCUUUGGGCACCCUUUCUUUUGUUGCAUCUUGGUGGCCCCGACACCAUUACUUCCUUCUCUCUAGAGGAUAAUGAACUCUGGAUCAGGCACUUGUUGGGGCUUUUGUUACAAGUUGGUUUAACUGUCUAUAUUAUCCUUCUAUCAGUACUCUCAAAUGACAUACUUUGGCCCCCAACCCUCCUAGUGUUAAUUGCAGGGAUAAUCAAAUAUGCAGAGCGCAACCGUGCUUUCUAUCUUGCAAGCUUUGACCAUUUUGGGGAUAACUGGGAAAGAUUCAUACCGUUCAUGCCUCGGAUCCCAGUACAAUUUUUAAAUUUUUUAUUUUUUUGGAUGAUAAAAGAGAUAGAAGAAGAAUCCUUUCCAGAACAAAUUGCUGGGCAUUUGAGGCGGAUGAUUGACAAGUUUCAGAAUAUGAUGUGUCUUGGAAGCCGCAAUCAAGAGAAUCAUCAGAAAGGUUCGAAGGAGAUAGAAACAGCGAAAGGAACAAGUAUAAAGGCACUCUGCCUCCUUGGUGAUAUUAAGAGCCUACUUGUAGGUACUCCUUUGAGUUCAUUUGAAAAAUUGCUUCCUGCUGAAGAUAUGCAUGAGAUGCUCCGAGCCAUAGAGAUCCAUCUAAGCCUCUUGUAUGAGCUUCUUCAUACAAAGUUGCCUGUGGUUGAUUCCAAGAUUGGUUAUGCUUGCCGCAUCAUUAACCUUGGUUGCAUUUUGGGAGCCUUUGUGUCAUUCUCAUUACUUAAGAAGCACCUGCACCACUAUAAGUUGUUGAAGUUUGAUAUUUGGCUGACCUACGUGUUGCUGAUCGGGGCUUUGGCAUUGGAUUUGAUAUCCAUCAUUUUACUCACUUUCUCUGAUUGGAUUACUAUGGCUCACAUCCCGGAAGUAAGGAAUUCUCUUAAAUUCAUCGACACAUGCAGAUGGUCUAAUUCAGUUCCCCAAUUAAAUAUUUUAGCUUGUCGUUUCAAGAAUAAAGAUGGUGAUCAUCCUAACAAAAUGAUUGAUUUGCUUGGCAUAAGGAAUUUGUUAGAAACCAUAAGAAGAUCAAUCCUGUGUUUGUCCUCCAAAGGUUUUGUAGAAAACCAAGUGUGGAGCUUCAUUUUCACUACAAUAAAGGAAAAGAAUAAAGCAGGCAGUGCUUAUGCAGAUUUUGCUUGGAGCCUUAAGAAGUUUCAACACAUGGAAAGCCUUCUGAUGUGGCACAUAGCCACUGAAAUAUGCUACCGAAACAGCCCCAGCUCUACCUCUACAUCUAAUAAUAGUUUUAAUCACAGAGAAAUAUGCAAGUUGCUUUCAGAUUAUAUGUUUUACCUUCUGGUGAUGGAGCCUACUAUGAUAGAUGGCUCGCCUAAGAAUUUGAAUGAAGUAUUUGACGGUCCACUCUGGAAAUGGCCAGAUAUCAUUAGAGGUGAAAAGGGAUCCAUAGAAACAAUCUUUAAAGAUUUGGACAAGCUAUUGUUGGAAGAAGAGAAAGACGUGAACAAGCUGUUGGAGAUAACAAAGGCAGUGGACAAGGACUAGGACGAGGAUCUGCUAACCCUCGAGAAAAAGAUAGAGAACGAUUUUUUCUCUAAGAGAGGGGAAGAUUAUUUUUCCAGGGUAACUGCUGCCUGUUAUCUUGCCCGUGAGCUCCUCCGUCCGCGGACUCAGCAGAGU